CAGGAGCUGUUAAGAUUGACUUCUCGUUGCUCGCUUCAUGCCCCCGUUCUUUCCGGGUCACCGGGUGGCAUUCACAGUUCACACCAUACGACUUUGUUCGCUUCAGUGAUUAGCAUCCACCAGACGCCAUCCGCCAUCACUACUCAAUGUCCGGUUACGACGAGUGCGCACGACAGUUGGGCGAGAUGGAACUGCAGACUCGAUUGCCGUUUCAAAGCUAUGUCCCGCCGCGGUUUUGUCCCGCUGUCGACGGCGUGCUAUGGAGCCGCAUCCGCCCGGCGGAGGAAGACGACGGUUCUCAAUCGCCCAUUCUCAGCAUCCUCGAGUUCACACUGAUGCCCGGCGUCAACGUCCACGACCAGUCAAGGCCACCCGGAAAACUCUGGGAUGCCGCAUUGCGUUACAUCGGCUCUAUCCCCGGCUGCUGCGCUAUUGAAUGGGGUCCGAGACUGGACCGUGACAAUCCUCCGACCGGGAUCGCGUAUACGUCCAUAUUAUGCACACUUCACUGGGACACCACGGCCGCCUGGCGGGCCUUCCAAUACUCCCUGGGCUUUACCCCUCUCGUGGGGAUGCUAGCUUCCGACGUUUCAAAUUGCUGCGCGAAGCUAAGCGCAUCAGGCGCCCGGAUAUUUGGGGGGCAACGCCGAGAUGGAGCCGCUGUGGUCGAUGUGGUCUCGGUCGUCUUGGACGCCGAAGACGCGUCGUUUCCAACCCGCCGGUCCGCUCUGGAAGACGACUGGAAUACGCUAGUCGAUUUGGUGACCAAAGGGCAUGAUGGCCUCCGACACUCGUAUGCUGUCUGGCUCGAGAACAACGCUUCGUCAUUUCUCGGUCCGGUUCAGGCUGAAGCCGCCGCCGCAACCAGGCUGAACCACUUCAUGGCGUUUCUUGCCUGGGAUGGGGCACAGUACGACAGCCAUCCCAUCGAGGAGUUGUGUGACAGAUUACGAGGCUCGCUAUCGUCCUCUCAAGCACCCAACGGGCCAAUCAUUUCCAGAAAAGCAGUCCAGCUCGUCAGCGAAAUGCCCCGACAAGAAGACUAUCACGAUCCACCGCGACAUCCACUCGCGCCGCACAGCUUGGCUUCCAUCCUCAAAGCGGAUUUUCCGCGACAGUGUAGCGCCGACCUCGCAAACCUCAGGGAGCAUGCACAGCGGACGCUUGAUUGUAGUAUCAACGACGCGAGGGCAAGGGUGCGGCUGUUCCCCGCUCCGCGGGGCUCAUUCAUAUCUCAGGGCGAGCUCUACGAGGGCAGGAUGCCCAUGAUACCGGGAAGGUGGCGCAGGGGAGGAUACUUCAAUCGUGGCUACCAUUUCGUCGACGUCGUUUGGAUACAGCUCAAAGCCCGUGCUCCCAAGACUCAAGGUCCUCACAUUUAUACCCGGUUAAAGAACGAGAUUGGCGCUUUGCCAGGAUUUGUCCAGGCCUUUUGGGCUCGCGAUGUUCAGGACAAGGCGAAACUCGCCGUGCUAAUAGUCUGGGAGGACCAGCAGGCGAGAGGACCCGCGUUACACGAGUAUAGCCGGAUACUGGACGACCUUGCCGCAUCGUCAGUACACCUGGCCGCCCCUUUAACACACCAGACCCUCACCAUGCCACGAAACGGGAUGCGUCCAUGGCUUGGCAACGGGCGGGUAAAGUAUCUCGAGUUGGUCUGCUUUCGCGUUCAACCGGGCCUGCUUGAGCGCGAGCUCUUCGAACAUGCCUAUGCCGCUUUUGCAAACAUGACGAAAGCUUCGGACAUAGCGGGGAUCCCUACCGCGUGUUCGGUCAUUAAGGAUGCUGGAGGCUGGCAGCUUGCCGAACCUGAAGCCGCUGACGGUUCGGACUUCCAGCUCUUCACGGGAGUUCUGACUUGGCAAAGCCCAGAGGCAAGGCAAGAGUGGUAUGAAGAGUUGGUCAGGCUCUCUAGCUGGUCGUAUGAGAUGUUUGGCCAUAAGCUCGAUGCCCUAAAGAUCUUGGCCGCUGGAGGAGUUACCGCGAGUUUCCUGGAGAUGCAGAAAGGGUACUACUAGGUAAGUGAGAAUCUGUUUGCUUCACUGGGCGAGUGAAAGACCUGUCCGCGGUCCAGAACACUGCAUCUUCAGAAGAACACGUGAUAUCUCAGCAGCCACGGCAAUACCCAGAUUAUUUCUGGCUUACGCCAUGCCAUGUCACGACGAUAGGAACUCGUAACAGAUGGCA